UAUAUAGUGUAAUAUGAUAUUUCUUUCACCUAAUGUGCUGAAGCAUAGUUUAUUAUCAACUUGCUUUGCUUCAAAGCGGUAGCGAGUGUUCAAACGCACAAUCACAUAUGUGCAGGAAGCCAGUGUAGGCAGUAAAUAUUUUGGAAAAUGAAUUACAUAAGAAGACUCUCAGGUGAUGUAUCUGGCAUAUACAAGCUUUCUGAUGGCAAUCCUGAAUUUACUGUCCGAUAUCACGGGGUUGUGUAUUUACGUGGUGAGACAUUCAGACAAGAUAUAGCUAAGUACCUUUGCAGCGCUGCCGUUGAAAAACUCUUCAAGGACUCACAGAUGAGACCAAAGAGAGUCAGCCUGACCGUAUCGAGUGACAUGGAGAUUGGAAUCACGGUCUUAGAUCCAAGCACGAAAGCUAAACUUGAAUUCAAUCUGCAAAGUAUUGCUUUCUGUUGCACUGAUUUCAAUCGACCUAAGGUCUUUUCGUUCCUAGCUGAUAUAGACAAUGCACUCCAAUGUCAUGUUUUCGGAGCAGAGCGCGAAGAUAAGGCAAGACUGAUAGCUUUAACAUUGAGGAACACGUUUCAAGAGGCUUUCUCAAAGUGGGAUAAAACAACAAAGAAAGACGAGCGCGUUAAAGGAAGGAGAAUAAGCUAUGGACGUAUGCAGGAAACUCUGAAAGAAGUCGAUGAAACAGGUUAGUAUGAAUUAUUCAUAAAAUUACAGCUGAAUUGUUAUUUUAAGGUUCGACUAGCAAAAUCUGGCAGGCUAACAUUAUGCUGAUGUCGUUCAGAGCUAGAUGGUAAUGGUAUUCGCCUACUUUGUCUUUUCCAUGCCUUGCCUAAUUUGAUUAGGUUUUAUAUACUGUAGAAGCUUAAUAUAUCAAAUACUGCCGCGUAGCAGAGAAAACUCCACGUAAUGUAUAAAAAAAUUUUUAAUUGUCUUUUGGAUUAUCUGUUUAGCGAAAUGGCUUUAAGACAUGUUAGAACAUGUCCGUUUAUCAUUUUGUGCACGAUAGUAGCUACUAAGAUUAAAAAUCUAAAUACUGGCAUGAGUAUAUUCGAUGCUAUAGGUUCUCGAAGUGACAAUGAUUUAACAAGGUCGCGCGAUUGCCUGCAGUGUUUGCAGCAUUUGGUAGUGAUCAAACUAUCGAACACAAUAGUCAAAAUAUGAGGUUAUUGUCUUACACUAAUUAUAUUUGUUUACAGUCUCUAAUUUCCUAUUGUGUGCGUUCUUGUGUUGAAAUGCUGGUUUGUUAUUGUGUAGGCUGUUAAACAUGGAAUCUGGAAUCUUGGAGCUUGGAAUCCUGGAAUAUAUUUAUAUAAAUAAGGCAUUCACAUAAACUAUCUUACUUGCCAAGAUCUGUUCGCAAGAUUCUCGGCCAUCUCCUUUGAAAUAAUUAGUCCAAAUGACUUGUACGUGCGUGCACCCUUUGGCAGAAAUAUUUGACAAAUGUAAAGUUUUAAAAACAUUUUAGGCCCGAGAAUCUUGCGAAAAGAUCUUGGCAAAUAAGAAAUUUGCCUUGUUAAUGACCCAUUGAUAUAAAAAGAUUCCAAGAUCGAGAAACCAUGUUUUAUAGCUUACCUUUGUUAUCGCUAUUGGAGGGUACAUAUAUGCAGCGGAUGUUUUGGAAUUUGCACAAUUCCAUUGCAUGCAUCAGCCAGGAUUUGGAAGAGUUGUGUUUGAAUGUAGGCGAAUUCAAUUUCGCAUAAUUUGCGCAAAAUCAGAAUAAGCCAUGACACGCUGCAUGCAUGAGGAAAUUAACCUUUUUGAGGGAUAUUUUUUUGUGUUCUUACAGAAUGUCAAAGCAAUCGGAAAACAAUGGAAAAUCCCUCCCCUGCGAAAGAAACAUAAUACCCAACCUCAGUAAAAGGAUAGGUCUGAUCAAGUCCAAAUAUCAACAUUCCUAACUUGGUUCUUUGGUGUAGCUAACUUUAGCACAACAGAAAGUUACAUAUUCUGUAGGAAAUUACGGGAAUUUUCGGUUGAAAAAAGCAGGCAUGAAGAUUCCUUAAAUCAGUCUCAAUCACUUCUGGUAUAGAACCAUUGAUUCUGUGAGGGCUGUAAAAUAUUUUGAUUGUACCCAGAUUCAUGCGUUAACAGACGAGUAUGCACUAAUAACCAAUUUUAACACAUUUGCGUCAGGUGUGAAAAUCGUCUCUUGACAGGCAGAUAGGUCAUGCAAUCACUUUGGCAUGCAUGAGCAUAGCCUGCGUAGCAGUCGCUUUAAUAUUUUAAAGAAAAAUAUCCUCAAAUAAAAUUAUAAAGUGACUGCUACGCAGGCUAGAAUGAACAGAGAAAUUGGGUCAAAGGUUCCCUUUUGAUUUUAGAUAAAUACUUUGCAUUAACCGGUAGUAGAGCCGUUGCGCGCAACAUUGCAUUGUUAGUAUAAAGGUCAACCAAGAGUUGCACUUUUCCAACUCGAUAGCUCAAUUGUGAGAACUUAAUAUCGCAUUUCGCUGAAUAUUAAGGUGGCUCAAUAUAAUUUUUAAAAAAUAGAAAAUUCACGAUUUAGGGAGUGUUCAUUAUUUUUACCCGGGGUUGGUACCGAACAGAAAUGGGUUGGGUAAGCCAUUUUUCUGGGGUAUGAAGGGUUGGGUAAAUAUUAUUUGAACAAAGCCUAUGGGUGGGUAAAUUAUUUUCAAUACAAACCUUGAAUUGAACAAAAUAUGGAAAUAUCCAUUCAUUCCCCACAAGGAAAACUAAACUCAAACUCCCCAUCCCCUCUGAUUACAACAACGAGAUAUGGUAGGACUGCAGGAACGUGGAGGCUUGGGAACAUAAUAUGAGCUUGUGAAGGUACAAAUGAUUAUAUUUGACAUUCAGUUAUAGUAUACCAAAUAUGCAUAGUACUGUUUAUACUAUAGUGGCCUAGCUUGUAUAAUAAUAUAUAUGUAUAUAUGUAAAAUACUUGUAUAAUUUUGAAAUUGGGUUGGGUAAAAUAAAAAUCCAAGUCAUGCAAUAGUUGGGUAGGGAAAAAAAUGGUUGACCGAAAGGGUGGGUGGUUGUUUUCUUCCCUUUUCGAUUAGUUUCUCUUCGGUACCAACCCCGGGUAUAAAUAAUGAACACUCCCUUAGAUCGUAUUUUUGGAGAAUUAUUACUUGUUGAAAUUCAAAUACAAAAAGUAUCUUACUGAUGUAAAACAAUAUCUAAAGGGUUGGAUUUUUUUUCACAAAAGUUACGCAAAAAUAAAAGAAAUCAUUUUAUGGAAUAACAUUUGGGGGUUUACCGGUGUUGUUUUCGAGUUAAAUGGAUGAUUCCAGCUAUAGACAAGAUUUUGAUCUCGGCAAGAGGAAAAAAAUCCAUCACCACAGCUAGAAAGAGCAUGGUUAAAAUUAGUAAAAUUGCAAAGUUUGGCUUCGAAAUGUUAUAAAAUGAGGAAAAUAUAGCCCUACUAAAUUUGCAAAUUUUGUAUUAUUUUGUAUUACGCUCGGGGAAAUGCACCACUUUCGGCCCAAAUGUGGUGCAUUUUCCCGCGCGUAAUGCAAAUUAAUACAAAAUUUGCAAAUUUCGUAGGGCUAUAUUUUCCGCAUUUUACAACAUUUCGCGGCCAAUCUUUAACAUUUUUAACAUGCUCUUUCUAGCUGUGAUGAUGGAUUUUGUUCUUCUUGCCGCGAUCAAAAUGUGAAACCGCCGUAACUUAUGUGAAAAACUUCCAACCCUUUAAUAGAUGUUGUUUUACAUCAAUAAGAUACUUUUUGUUUUUCAACAGGAAAUAAUUGUCCAAAAAUACGGAUCCCAACUGUUAUUCCAAGACGUCUAGUAGUAGGGAUGAUAUACCCCUUAUUUAUCCAGUGUAUUACACAACCUCGUACCCAGGAUAUUUAGAUUAAAAAUCGAAGUACCUCGAACAACUAUUAUAUCAAAUAAUUUCAUAGUAUUUCGCGCUGAAAAGAACAACAAAAAAUUCGUUGACCGCGUGGGAUGGUGAAUGAGGUUGACCGCCUGGGAUGGUGAAGAAGGUUUAGAAAACCGAAGAUGAGAGUUCGAGUCCCACUCGAGGCAACGAAUUUUUCGUUGUUUUCUGAGACAGUGUCAGUGGUAAUAUGAAACUAGUUUUUCAUAUCUCUGAGGCUGACAUUUGAUUAUAAAGUAAUUAAAUUAAAUUAAAUUAAAUAAAAAAAGUCGAUUAAAUUGUUACUAUUACAAUAUAGCACUCCAAGCACGCACGGAACAAAUUCGGACAUGUAAAUCACACACGAGAUUAUAACUCCCCCUUGCCCCCCCCCCCCAUUAUCUGUUUGCUUCGGGUUGACAUGCCAUCGCAAUAAUUAACAACUUGAAAGUGCAGUAAUAUUGGAAAAAAACUGUUUUCGUAUAACCAUUUACCAGAAGUUACUUACAGCUAAUUUAGUUUGCAAAAUAGUUUAGAAAAAUAGGAGUAUUUUGGCGGUUUCCAGCACAAAUGCUACAUCACCAUGCAACAGCCAUAAAUUGCCUUGCCUGCUAUCAAAGUUACAGUAGUUGACCGAACAUACUUUGUUACAGAUAAACUAUCUGACAUGAUAUAGUAACAAUUAAAAUGUUGCAACUAGGGCACCUUCAACCUGGAACCUGCAAGUUAAGCCCUCCGCAUUAUCAAUACCUUUGUGGCAUCAACACCUUUAAUUUGAUCCAAACUUUUAAGUACAAAUUAAUAGGCUUCGAGUGACCUUUAUGCUGACAAUGCAGUGUUGGGUUGUUACCACUUUUACUGUGAAUAUUAAUUCUCAUAUUCCUGCCAAAUUAUGCACUUACCUGCAAUGUUUAGCCUUAGGGUGUGGGGCGAGGGACGAGCGGGCAAACUUGGGGAAAGUGAUCGGCUAUUAUGCUGAAAUUAUUUUCAAAUGUGUUGGGACAGAUACCCCAAUUGCCUGUUUUUUUAUAAAUCUCCCGCCCCCCUUUUCAAUGUUGGGCCUCAGUUAAUUAAGCUUAGCUUCUUACUUUAAUGUGCUAUAGUGUCUGGAUUGGGUAAACGACACUGAAUGAUGAGGAAGAGAGAGAUAAAAAUGUUUGAAGCAACUUGCAUAUACUCACGCACUGAUGAUCUAACACCUCAAGAGUCCCAACUUAACGUUUGAAAAUGAUUGUGCGUGCAUGGGUCCUAAAUUUGGCACUACUGAGGCAAUUCAGCAUUUAAAUCGGAAAGGGAAUUGGAGACCUGUGUUGGAGAAGAGUUAAUCUCACAUGUGUUUUCCACCACAGUAUUGUAUUUUAGUUGCGAUUUGGUGUGGAUGCUAAUAUAAAAACAUGACGUGCAAUACAGUACUAGUUUACAUUGAAACAUCUAGAUGUUUUUCCAAACGUCCCCAGAUAGGGGUUCUGAUAGGGACAAUGUGAUAAAAAACGUAGGCACCUGGGUGGGAAGAUUGACAAAAUCAUUCAUCCAAAUGUCAAAUUGCGCUGCAGUUGCCUUUGCCCCCCCCCCCUGAUCCUGGUGCUUAACAUUGAUAGGUCAAAUGUAAACGAGGGGCAUUUCACUCAAAAAAAGCGUACGGGAUUUUCGGAUUUUUAAAAAUCCGCGGAUUUUUUAGCGGAUUUUUCCCGGAUUUUUUAGCGGAUUUUUGAAGAGAAAAUUUGCUGGAUUUUCGGGAUUUGUUCGGAUUUUCCGGAUUUGUUCGGAUUUUUUCUGGAUUUUUGAAAAUCUGUUGGAUUUUCCGGAUUUGUUUGGAUUUUCCGGAUUUGUUCGGAUUUUUUCUGGACUUUUUUUUAAUUAUAGAGUUAUAGAGCUAGGUAACGUUUUGAACAAAUAAUCUUAAGUUGUACGACGUCAACGUUAUGCCAGAACGUCAGGAUCGAGCAGAGGACUGGGACUAGGACCACAGCCUUCAGAAACUAACGAAGGCUGGGCAUGCAGUCAUUUUGUUUAAAAUUCAAACAAGUUCAUUAUUCUUUCAAAAACAGUAAAAGACAAUGGUGAAUAACUUUUGGUUUUGUAAUUAUAUUUUACAACAUAACGUCAUUGUAACAAGAACACAUAUUUGGUAGUAAUAGGCUAAAAAAACUUUAGCAUAUACUCGAGCGUAUAAAUGGAAAUGUAGAGUGGUCCAAUAAUUACGAAAUAGAAUGACAGCGAUCACGGUAAGCGUUUAGCUUUCGCUGUCCGCCAUUUUGAACGUGGCAAAGAACCUUUACGAGUAAAUUACACCAAGUACUUCAUAUAUUUUUUGUGGAUUUGCGGAUUUUUUUGAGGAUUUUGAAGGAUUUCUGUCAAUUUUUGAAGGAUUUCUGUGGUUUUUAAAGGAUUUUUCGGAUUUUGAUGGAUUCAUCGGAUUUUGAGGAUUUCAUGGAUUUUUUCUGGAUUUUUCCCGGAUUUUUUGACGAAGUGUACGGGAUUUUUGGAGUGAAUUGCCCCUCGAAUGUAAACACCACACAUACGCCAAACGUGUCGAUUGGCCGUGUUUUAUUAUUAAUAUUGGCAUUUUUAGCGUCUGGACAAAUUAGCGAGACGAUUAUAUUUCGAUAUGACAACUAUCCAUUGUGAUUCUUUGCUAAAGGCGGCUUUCCAUUUAAGCGUUACGUUUUUCACAUGUGCAUGUCGUGCAGAAAAGUCUAAAUCUUUGAAAAUUUUAUAUCAGUACCACACAAAACUAAAUGCUGUCCGUUCGUAAUUGAUUUAAUUUUUUCAUAUAGCAACUUGUGAAUGGAUUUAAUUUUUCUGUGCGCGUACGCCUGUAUGGAAAAUGCAUAACUGGAAAGCGGUCUUAAAUGCGCCUUUUUGUUUUGUUUUGACGUGUCGUACAUAGUAAGUGAUUAAUAUUUAGAUGGACUUAACUCAGACGUUUACGUUGUCUCAGACGUUAAAGUCUUCUAAUAUAGAUGUGGCCAUUAUUAUAGCAUAUUUUAAUAGAUGAAACGCAUGCGCGAAUUAGUCGUACGUUAUAUUGAUAUGUAUAUAAAGAUAAUUAUCUGUGUCAGAAACAAGUAAUAUUUAAAUUAAUAAUAAUGAGCACACAAAAACCUGUACAUGCACAAAUACAACCAUAGAUCUUGAAAGUAUUUCUUUCAUUUACAGCUAUCAUUUUAUUCUGUGAACAGAAUGUAAUAUGUAAUAAUGCAGAACAGUACAAUGUGACAUGAAAAAGGCAAAUACUUCAUGUAAGACCCACAAAACAGUUUGAGCAAAUUAUAAGGUAUUUGCAUAUGAUCAUAAAAGUUAGUCAUAACCCUAACCCUGAAGCUACACCCAUAUCUAGCUUAGGGUUAGGGUUGGAACCCUAUGGUUAGGGUUGGGGUUAACCCAAGGGUAGUAGUUGACCCUAGGGUUAGGUUUGCAGUUAAGCCUACAAUCGCGUGCAAAAAUAAUGAGACUCUUCACAUUUUGGUGAUCUUUUUCACGUGCGUGCCCCCCUCCCCCCAUUAACAAUGUUGAAAACAUAUUAUUUGAUAAGCC